GCCCAGGGCCAGAAGGAGGGAAACGAAAUUAAAAUUAACAUUUCUUCUCAGGAAAAAAAAAAAAAAAAAGUACCUUGCCAGAGCAGGAGCCUAGGCAGCCGAGAGGGCGCCCGAACCUGAGUCUGAGUUGCGGCCACUUCAGGAGCUGAGAGGAGCAGGAUGGAACUGCAGGAUCCAAAGAUGAAUGGAGCCCUCCCUUCGGAUGCUGUGGGCUACAGGCAAGAACGUGAGGGCUUCCUGCCCAGUCGUGGUCCUGCUCCUGGGAGCAAGCCAGUCCAGUUCAUGGAUUUCGAGGGGAAGACAUCGUUUGGAAUGUCAGUGUUCAACCUCAGCAACGCCAUCAUGGGCAGCGGCAUCCUGGGGCUGGCCUAUGCCAUGGCCCACACGGGGGUUAUCUUCUUCCUGGCCCUGCUACUGUGCAUUGCGCUUCUGUCGUCCUACUCCAUCCACCUCCUGCUGACCUGUGCCGGUAUUGCAGGCAUCCGAGCCUAUGAGCAGCUGGGACAGAGGGCAUUCGGGCCUGCGGGGAAGGUAGUGGUGGCCGCAGUCAUCUGUCUGCACAAUGUUGGGGCCAUGUCCAGUUACCUGUUCAUCAUCAAAUCUGAGCUCCCCCUGGUUAUCGGCACCUUCCUGUACAUGGACCCCGAGGGGGACUGGUUCUUGAAGGGAAACCUCCUCAUCAUCAUUGUCAGUGUGUUAAUCAUCCUGCCCCUGGCCCUCAUGAAACACUUGGGCUACCUGGGGUACACCAGUGGUCUCUCUCUGACCUGCAUGCUGUUUUUCCUUGUUUCGGUCAUCUACAAGAAGUUCCAGCUUGGCUGUGCUAUAGGCCGCAAUGAAACAGCAAUGGAGAGUGAAGCUCCCGUGGGACUCCCCAGCCAAGGGUUCAACAGCAGCUGUGAGGCCCAGAUGUUCACAGUUGACUCACAGAUGUCCUACACAGUGCCCAUUAUGGCUUUUGCUUUUGUCUGCCACCCUGAGGUGCUACCCAUCUAUACGGAGCUCUGCCGGUGA